CGGAAAUGUAGAUGCUGAGGAUCCAGGCGGGUGACGUUGGACAACAGAGAUGGCGGCGGCGAGUAGUAACUACUGGGAGGACUUGCGGAAGCAGGCUCGGCAACUGGAGAAUGAACUUGAUUUGAAAUUGGUAUCCUUCAGUAAGCUCUGCACAAGUUACAGUGGUGCUACUACGAGAGAUGGACGUCGCGACAGGUAUAGCUCUGAUACAACGCCGCUUCUUAAUGGAUCAAGCCAAGACAGAAUGUUUGAAACGAUGGCUGUGGAAAUUGAACAGUUGCUAGCCAAGCUCACAGGAGUAAAUGACAAAAUGGCAGAAUACACUUCAACACCUGGUGUUACGUCAUUGAAUGCAGCACUCAUGCACACACUACAAAGGCACAGAGAUAUCUUACAGGACUAUACACAUGAAUUUAAUAAAACCAAAGCAAACUUUAUUGCAAUUAGAGAGCGAGAGGACUUGCUGGGAUCAGUUCGGAAAGAUAUCGAAUCUUACAAAAGUGGAUCAGGAGUUAAUAACAGAAGGACAGAACUGUUCUUAAAAGAACAUGAACAUCUUCGAAACUCAGAUCGGCUGAUAGAAGACACAAUAAGCAUCGCCAUGGCAACUAAAGAAAAUGUGACAUCACAGCGAGGAAUGCUGAAGACGAUACAAAGCAAAGUGAACUCCUUGGCCAAUCGAUUUCCUGCCAUUAACAGUUUGGUUCAAAGAAUAAAUUUGAGAAAACGUAGGGAUACAUUAAUUUUGGGUGGUGUUAUUGGCAUUUGCACUAUCUUAUUGCUACUGUAUGCUUUUCACUGAUGAAAUAUUGUAAUUAGAUGUUUCCACAGUUAUAAAGCACUGGAGUGGCAGUGGGAGCAUAUGGACCUAACCUGCAUAUAUUGACUAGAUUGCUAGGUUGAAUGGAUCUUGGUUAUCAUGGAAUGUUUUUAAGCAGCAUUCCCAUGGGCCACAGUUGUGUGAUUUGGUUAUGAUCAAAUGUAAAUCGUUUGAUUUUUGUUUAAGUAAUUAUGCUCUUGUAAAGUAUAUUUUUGAAUUACAGCACGUUGAUGUAUACAUUAAAGACUCGUUAAAUGUGCUAUAUUUGUGUUAUCAUUUUUCCCCAACUCCAUUGUCUAGGAAGUAAGGUGCAGUUUCAUUUAUAAUUAUAGAGUCACACUUAAAAAUAAACUACUUUGAAACUGUCUGUAUCCAAAAUAUGUAUUUUCAAGAGCAGAGAUAAUCAAUACUUAAAAAUACUUCCAUGCAGAAUGGUACUGCAACAAAUUUUGGACCUAUGUCACACGGUGACAAAACAUGGAUUUGUUCUUUUGAUUUCCUCUUCCACUUUCUGCUCUUUUCUGUAAGAACUACAGAGACUGCUGGAUCAAAACCCAGCUCCAAGUCAGUUUCAUUGGAAAACAGCAUUGGCCAAGACCUAGGACCAGAAGAAAAGUGAAGAAAGUUUGGAGAAAAGGAAAUAAAUUUAUUUUCAAAAAAUAUAUAUUUUUUUCAAAUGUAUCUUCUGAGUUCUGCAGGAUCUGGAAAAGCUUUUUUAAACCAGAAAUUUCCAAAUAACUGUUAGCUUAACACUGUUUGAGUGUCAGUGUCUAACCUUAUAGUUAAUAUUUCAGAAUGGCUUCCGAUACACAGUUUAUGCUAAGACAUUGGUAACUAAGAUAAUAUAUUUGAAUAAACAGCUGAAGCCACUGGCCAGAUAAACCUGAUGCUCUCGAUUUUCUUUCUUCGAUUUAGUAGUUUAAAUUAAAAUCAGUUACCAAAGCUUAAAUUUUAUGAGAGAGAAACCAAAACGCCUUAGAUUAUCUUCACCAAGAAAAUCAUCAUGUUGAAUAGCUGUUAUUUGUUUUCAUUUUUUUCCCAAUAUUUUAUCACAAAAUUGUGAUUUGUCCUCUUGCUGUUUUAAAAAUCACAGUACAUUUAUUCACAAACCACAUAGCUGUGGCCUCCUGAUUUACAGAGCAUCUAACAAAUAGUUGUCUCCUGUUAAAGAGAGAAACUGUGUUUGUUCCUCAGAUUGAGGUAACCAAUUGAAAUGCAGUUUAGAUUCCAUGCAGGCACAAAACUCUAUAUUGGGAAUAUGAAUCAUUCCAAUAGUGUCCAGAAUGAAAUGAACCUUUUUGUACAUAGCAAUGUCUAUUGAAUAAAGGCUACUACCUAUUUACCAUGGCAUCUUUUAUGAAUUAACUCAACACUAUAGCUACCAUAUGUUCAGCGACAGAUUGGCUUCAUUCAAAUUAAAAUUCUUCAAUUGUAUAGCUUGAUUUUUUUGUUUCCUGCAUUGUUGAGUUAAUCCAUAUUAAAGGUUCUGUUUUGCCCAAUAAUAAAGAAUACUGCUACUUUUUUAACCUUUUCGAAGUUGGUGUCAAAAACAUUCUUUUCCUCAGGCACUUCCUUUUCCUUUUCUGUCUGAAUCCUUAAUGCAUUAAGUGCUUUGGAAAUUUUGUUAAUGUAGAUUUUAAUGAUCUUGUAAAAUAAUUUUGUUUUCUGCUAAUGUAUUUUCUGCAUUGUACAGAGAAGCUUUAACUGUAUGUAAUUUGUUAAUAAAUUAGAAUUCUAAGUGA